CCUGUUUAUUUUCACAGCCAAGUCCUGGAGUGUCCGAGAGGACAGUUUAUCAACAGCCAGCUGGGAAGGGAGGGGCGGUUUUUCCUCCCGAUGGCCAAACAAGCUAGCAGCAAGGAGAAAUUCCCCACAGUAGGCAGCAAAACUCUGCUCAUGUCUAUGCUGGGGGGCCUGGGUAGCAAUUUCAGCCUCUGUUUGGAGAAAGAGAGCCUCCUCACUUCACGGGGAUUCUAAGAUGAUGGACAGCACCUGGGUUUCCCCAAGCUCUCAGGAGGCAAGACGGGAAUGCAGAACCUGUGGAAGGGGAAAGGACAGAUCUGCGCAUCCCUUUACUACUUUUCUGGCUUCCACCUGGAAGGAUGAAGGUUUGCCGGUUUUGUUUCAAGUUCCGGAUGUCUCAUCGAAGGCCAGGAAGAACCAGCAUGACCUCAUGUCACUCAGACAUAAGAGGCUGAGCUCCGCAUGUCAAGGAAAAAAAAUGGUACAACCAGGAACUGUGAUCAAUCCAGAUUAUCUGAAACUAUCCUUUGAGAAUUUUGUGAGCCAAAGAAUGAUGAAUCUUCAUCAAUGCAGAUCCCAGACUGAACCUAAACCUUCCCGUGAGAACAUGGCAACAGGUAUUCAGAAAUGUUGGCUGAGUUCCUGGCUCUUAUGUGGCCAAAGUGGAAUCAAGAGCCUAGAACUGAGAACAUCCACACAAUGGAAGCUCCCCACUCGGCUGUUAUCUGGACUGUGACCACCUCGUAAAGAAGACACCAGGUGAUAAGCGUGCACAGCUAGCUAGAGUAGCUUUCAGGGUUAUCUGUGUCAGUCACACCCUCACUCAGGGGUUCCCUUGGUCCUGGAUUUUUUCAGACCUGCCUUAUAAAGGACUAAAUCACACACACACACACACACACACACACAUACACAUACCUGUCCUUCCGUCAGCAAGAACAUUUAUUUUCUGACCUUAGAGGACAGUGUAACAAGAUGCUUUUCAUUAAUUCCUUAGCCCUGAGGGUGAACUUCAAUUAGCAAUAGAGGAGCUAGCCGUGGAGUGGCUCUUGCCCACAGAGUGCAACGUAGGGUAGCAACCUGGGAGGUGGAGCUGCAGGAACAGUGGUUGCACAAUUGACUAGAAGCUGAAGCUUGUGGACCUCCUGUUGGCUCUAGUUGUGUGGGGGUUUGGUCUCCAUGUUUCUACUUUCAA